AUUUUGAUCCAUGGAUUUCUACCCAUGGAUCUUUGUCUGUGGCCGUCGAACCCCCUCGUAGAAAUAUGAGCUUGUUAAAGAUGUCCAGCAGAUGAUACCCCUUUCUCUGCACCGUAUCUUGAUCAGCUUCUGUCCUCACUGGCCUUCUUUUUCUAUUGCAGAAAGCAGAGUGGGGCUAUUCGAUGGCUUUGCAAGUUUCAAUUCAAUGAAAUAAAGAAAGUCCCUUUCCCGAAUAAGCGGGUAGCGUACAGGGGUUUUCUCUCUCCCUCCCUCUCCCUCUCUUGUCGGGGCGAACUCGAUCGUAGUUCGAAGAAUCGAAGAUGGUAGUGGGGAGUUUCUCGGUUCGCCUCCCCUCGAGAAUCAUUCUCCCGGCAAACACCUACCGAUCUUUUCCUUUACCUUGUGGCCGCACGCCCUUCGCCUUUUUCUUCCUCCUCUCUCAGAAGUAUCCAAGUCUCCGUCCUCAGCGAAACCGGAGAAAAUUUCGAGUUUUCUGCUCUCAGGGGAACGACAUAAACAAGGGCACAUCUCAGAACGGAAACAACGGAAGCAACGCCCAAGAAGAGCCCGCCGGAAACCAACGGCCGGCAUUUCUGUUCAGGUGGGCGGAUCUCCUAAACCCGGAUCCCCAGAACAUUCUGGCCGUUGGAUUAACCGGUUUGUUGACGUGGGCAAGCGUCCAGGUCCUCUGGCAAAUUUUGUUCAUCUCCGUUGCCAUCGUCGUGGCAGCUCUCAAGUCAGCUGCUGUGUGAGCUGGAACUGCCGAAGUAUUUGCCACAAUUCAGGGUGCAUAUAUUUUCUGUCAAAUGCAGGAAUUACUGUGGAGGAGCGAUUACGCAGAAUCUUGCCAACCUAUAUCAUGUGCUUAGAGAAAGGAGGUUUCCUUACAUUCUUAAGGAGAAAUUCCUGAUGAAGGGAAUGUGCUAGCUCAUGAUGACCCUGUUCGCAGCUCUUUGAAGAAUUGUGUGAAUUCUAAGUAUGAAGGAGUCCGAUGUUCUUAAAGUUCCUAAAAUCCUGUUUCUUGGGUCUGUAAUAUCAUUUGAUUUGCUAUCUACAUGUUUUAUUAUUUGUUUA